AUGCGGUCUUUAAAAAUUGCGCUCUUCACAAUUGCUCUGUUCGCGAUUAGCUUCGGGCUUGUGAAUGCUUUCAUCAAGCUCGUUGCCGUUGGAAGUAGGGUAGAGUUGAAAAAUAACGUUCGAAGCAUUAACAUAUCGUACACUUUCCGCAUCCCGAAACGGUUGGUCGAUCAGACGAUUGAUUUCCAAAUCGAAGUCUCACGUCAGAUUAAGGACAUGAAGCUCGUACUGGGCUACUACAGUGCUUCCCGAAACGGUACCACCUACAGUGCACUGCUGAAGCGACACGUCGAUCUGUGCUUUUUCUUGCGCAAUCCCAAAUCGGACCGUUUGGUUAAUCGGGUGUAUCAGCUUGUGAAGGAGCACGGCAACAUGCCAACGAAAUGCCCGUUCGGUCCGGGCAGCUUCUAUAUGAGUGACUUAAGGCCAGCCGACAUUCCGAUACCGUUGUUCCUGCCCGAGGCUGAGUUUAUGUUAGAACUAAUUUACCGAUCGGAGGUACGGUCGGAACCGCUGGUAGAGUUCCGAUUCUAUGGCAAACUGAUUCGCAUUGUCGAGAAAAUGUUCAACUAG